UUUCAGAUCACUUGCUGCCUGCACUUCGUUUGACCAUUACACCAUAAUACGUACUUAUAAGUUCUACUUCAAGACUACGGACACAACAAUAUUAUUUUACUAUAUUAACUAUGCAGACGCCGGUGACCGUGCUCGUGUGCUUACUGCUGUUUGUUACUCGAUCCGUUUUGGGACUCGUCGCGGUCGAUGAAUAUCGUGCGAACGGUGAUGAUCAAAAAGAAGGUAAACUACGAGACAUAAAACCGGAGUCUGUGUUGAUGGGCCUCGCCAAGACGUUAAUCGGUGGAAAAACAGGAGCGGCCAGUGGUCAAUCGCUGAGCUUGAACAUGUCGAACAUAGUACUGAUGUUGGUGCUCAGGGGUCUGAUAUGGGGUGUGUCGUACAUGCAAAGCGCCGGUGGCGUCAAAGAAGCUCGAAACGAUGAUUUGACCUCGAACGCAGUCGGAGGACUAUUCCAGGACAUGGUAACCGAAACCGACGUGAUGCUGUUCCUCGGUUAUCUGGUGGCUGACGAAUCGGGCCGAUACGAAUGUCUGAACCGUGUGGCGUGCGAGCAACCAGAGCGGGCGGAGAGUUAUUUCAAAACCGCCGAAAUCGUCUGGAAAACUGCGAAAAUGUUUGACGAUGCGAUACCGUUGGAUGCGAAAUACGAGAAAACGUUGACCCGGUUACAAGAAGCAAUCGAGAACGGAAUGGCAAAUGAAGAUUGUGAGUCGAAAUAUAAAUGUUUUGGGCCGACUGCUGCCGAUACCUUCAAUAUUUAACUGAAUUAAGUUUAAUUGUGAAGUAAUAUCUACUUUAAACCAUUUCAAUACAAUUGUUUGUCGAAUUAAGUCUGAUUGACAACAAACAUACCAAUGAGCGUAAUCUGUGGAUACAAUUUUUAGGUUAUUAAUGUUAUUAUACAUAGUUGAUAAAAUUGUAACUACCAAUCAGCAUUGUUUCAAA